AUGCCGCAGGACUCGUCUCGCAUCCUAGACGACGAGCUUCGUCAGCUGAGCCUCGAUCCUGCACCCUCGAGCGCGCCAGCAACCCCUUCAGGGCUAAACAGCAGACCUACCAUCGUCCAGCGAAAUGCCACCACAGUCUCCGAGUCGCUGCCAGCCGACGAUGGCAUGGCACACCUUCGAGACCGCAUACACCAGAUCAGAGACCUGAAAAUCACAGAACAGGAGCGUGCGCGUAUGGUCCAUAGCCUCAUGACAGAGCGCUACAAUCACAUGCGGCCCACGUCACCAAGCAGCUUCAUCUCUCACGACCGUCCCUUUACGCCUAACUCUAGCCACUCCGUCUUCUCAGACGCGCAAGCCUCUUCGUUGAUAUCUGCCGCGUCCGACAUCGACCCCGAGAAUCCGUACAGUCUGCGGCCGGGCGACACCAAUCCUACAUACCGCCCGCCCCGUCAACACGCAGUUGCAGAGAAUGGCGAAGAGGAAGAGGACGAUGCUGCGGGAGAUCCACCUUCUCUUGGAUGCCAGCACUACAAGCGGAAUGUGAAGGUGCAAUGUUUCGACUGCCUGCACUGGUACACCUGCAGGCACUGUCACGAUGCAGUAGAAAACCACAGCCUGAACAGGAAGUUGACCCAGCAUAUGCUCUGCAUGGCUUGCGGAACGCCUCAAAAGGCGGGAGACUAUUGUAUCAAUUGCCAGACACCAGCGGCAUGCUACUACUGUGAUAUUUGCAAGCUUUGGGACAACAACAGCAAGAAGAGCAUCUACCACUGUCCAGACUGCGGCAUCUGCAGGAGAGGCGCGGGUCUGGGCAAAGACUUCUACCACUGCAAGGACUGCAACGUUUGUAUUGGCAUGCAACAUCACGGCAAGCACAAGUGUCUGGCAGACGCCAUCGAUAACGACUGCCCUAUCUGCAGCGAGUAUCUCUUCACCUCGUCUGCCGCCGUUGUAUCCAUGCCAUGUGGUCACUAUUUGCAUAAGGAAUGCUAUAACCUCUACAUGGAGACAGCGUACAAGUGUCCUAUUUGCCAAAAGAGCGCUGUUAGCAUGGCUUUGCAGUGGCAAAAGUUGACCCACGCGAUCGAGAGCCAACCGAUGCCUGAGCAGUUUGAGAAUACUCGCGCCAUCAUUCAGUGUAAUGACUGUUCGGCGAAGUCAUCGGUUAGGUACCAUUGGCUUGGGAACCAGUGUGGGACAUGUCACUCUUACAAUACCAACGAACUACGCAUCGUGAAUGACGCUGACAGCGAAGAUACCGCAAACGCAAUGCUCGAAGCAGACGCAAAUGCUGGCUCGAGAUCACCUGUUAGUUUCCCCCAGAUGGCUAGGUUCCCGCAGAUGCCACAAUUUCCACAGAUACCUCAGUUCCCACAGAUGCCCCAGAUGCCGGAAGCAGCACAGGAGGUCUUAGAGCGUGUGCGAAAGUCCAUGUACGACUAUCUCAACCCGUCAGGCGAUAUACAUGUCGACGACGUCCCUGUCAUCGAUCUUGGGGAUGACGAUCGUCGCGAGCGUACGGCUACAGAUGGUACUGUCGUCAAGGAGCCGUCUCUUCCGCAGUACGUAAUCGAGAGGUUUACACAAUCACUUGCGCGAUUCAGAGAUGAUCUCAAUCCUGGGCUGGAAGAUGUACCCGCGCUGGACCUUACAGACGACCACGAUCCGGGUGGCUUGCAGUUCUGGGGCGAGGACGGCGGACGACUGGAGCGCACCCUGAAUGCGCAUGAGGAGGAUGACGACAGCAGUACUGACGAGAGCGAGCACGAAGAGUCCGAUGAAGAAGAUGACGAUGACGAAGGCGAGGUAGACGGGAGAGGAUUUGAUUUACCUGGGCAUCGCUAG